AUGAAAGCACUCAUUCUUGUCGGUGGUUUUGGUACUCGUCUUCGUCCCCUUACUCUCACUUUGCCCAAACCUCUUGUCGAGUUUGCUAAUAAGCCCAUGAUCUUGCAUCAAAUUGAAAGCCUUGCCAAGGCUGGCGUUACUGAUAUUGUCCUUGCUGUCAACUAUCGCCCGGAGAUCAUGGUUGCUGCACUUAAGCAAUAUGAAAAGGAAUUUGGUGUCACUAUCACAUUCUCUGUUGAAACGGAACCCUUGGGUACAGCUGGUCCACUUGCAUUAGCACGCGAGAUCCUCGGCAAGGACGACAGCCCAUUCUUUGUUCUUAACAGCGACAUCAUUUGCGACUAUCCUUUCGAACAACUCAGAGAUUUCCACCUUGCACAUGGAUGUGAAGGCACCAUUGUGGUCACCAAGGUCGAUGAUCCUUCAAAAUAUGGCGUCAUUGUCAAUCGUCCAGAGAGCUCUCAAAUUGAACGAUUCGUUGAAAAGCCCAAGGAAUUUAUCAGCAACAAGAUCAAUGCUGGUAUCUAUGUUCUUAGUCCCAAGGUUUUGGAUCGUAUCGAGCUGAAGCCCACAUCCAUCGAGAAGGAAGUUUUCCCCUUUGUGGCACAAGAUGGCCAAUUGCACACAUUUGAUCUUGAAGGAUUCUGGAUGGACGUUGGUCAACCAAAGGACUUCUUGACCGGCACUUGUUUGUACUUGAGCCACCUUUCCAAAAAGAACCCUGAAGCUCUCGCCAACCCCACCUUGGAUUAUGUGCAUAAGGGCAAUGUUAUGGUGCAUCCAACUGCCAAGAUUGGUAAGGGUUGUCGUAUUGGCCCCAACGUGGUAAUUGGUCCCAACGUUGAAAUCGGUGAUGGUGUUCGUCUUCAGCGAUGUGUGGUACUCCAAGGUGCCAAGGUUAAGGAUUAUGCCUGGGUUCAAUCUACCAUCAUUGGCUGGCACUCUUCUGUGGGUCGUUGGUCACGAUUGGAAGGUUGUUCAGUCCUUGGUGAUGAUGUGACGAUCAAAGACGAAAUCUAUGUGAAUGGCGGUUCUAUUCUCCCACACAAGGGCAUCUCAGCCAACAUUACCGAACCCCAAAUUAUCAUGUAA